AAUCAAAUCGCUGGAUUUGGGUCUUGUCUCGGCAUGUUCUCGUAGCCGUGCUUCUCACCGGAUCCACGUGUACGCAAAGAUGUAAAACUACAUGGUGACAUAAUGUCUGAUUCACCUUGGAGAUACUCCACCAGUAAUGGUGUGGGCCGAAAUAUCUUGUCAGCCACCAACAAAGAAACAAACGCUAUUUCUCAUCAAGCUAAAAGACAAAGGAAAAAGAAUAAACUGAAAAAAUCCGCAACUGACUUCCAUGAAGUGUCAUUUGAACAUAAAAGAGGAAAGAAAAGAAAAUCAGAUGAGCUUUUGGAAAACAAGUCGGAGUGUGUUAAACAUGGAGAUAUUUCGGAUUCUGUGUCUGAACAGUCAAAUCAUGUGCAAUUCAAAAGGCCCAGAAUAACUCCUCAUACACUGACUGGUGAAGUUGAGUCUGCAUUACCUCUCAGUGACAGCUGGGAGGUGGACAGUGGCUUUUCGUCUGAAUCCAGUCCUCCCACCAGUGGCAGGAGUUCGCCAUGUGUGGGAAUAGACCACUCUAAGCUUGUAGCUAUGGACUGUGAAAUGGUCGGCACUGGACCUGGGGGCAAGUGUAGUGAAGUGGCACGCUGUAGUAUAGUAAAUUAUUAUGGUAGUGUUUUGUAUGAUAAAUAUAUUUUACCUCGGAAUCCAGUCACAGACUACCGCACAAGAUGGAGUGGCAUUAGGAAACAUCAUUUACAACAGGCAGUGGCUUUUGAGGACGCUCAGAAUGAGAUUGUCGACAUCCUCACAGGGAAAAUUAUUGUGGGCCAUGCCUUAUUUAAUGAUUUCCAGGUUCUUGACAUCUCCGUCCCACCACAAAUGAUUAGGGAUACCUGUUCCUGUAGAUUGCUGAGAGGGUUGUAUAACACCUCCACUAGAUGCAAUGUCUCUUUGAAGAAACUGUCUCGGAAACUUCUCAAUAGGACCAUACAGUCUGGAAGAAUGGGUCACUGCUCUGUAGAGGACGCUUGUGCUGCCAUGGACUUGUACAAGCUGGUAGAGGACCAGUGGGAAAAGAACAUCCUGCCCCAGGAUUCAAAAACUGACCAUACCUCAAACCCCAACAACAACAACCUUGAGCACUACAUGCAGGAUCAAUACUGGCCAGAAAGCAUAAUGGACUGCAGCCCCUAAGACCAAGAGUUAGGAUAAUGAUGCCAAUCUCAAUGCUAGGAACAGUCUUUGUUGGUUAAUGUUAUUUAAACCUCAAACUUUUCUAAACAUGUUAACAGUCAAUAAGGAAAUACAUGGAAAUGUUGUAGAACAUUAACUUGCACUUAAAAAGUUUAUUUAAAUAACUUUGACUCUGUAAAAGUUGAUAAUGUUUAUUAAGGGAUUUUAAAUAUUAAAGUUAAUAACAGGUUUCUAAAUUUACACAGACUGUAUUUUAGGGAAUAACUCCAUUGUGAGUUUUCAUCUGUAUGAUCAAUGUUAUUAAUGUGUAAUGUUAAUGACAUUAUGCUGCUAGUUAGCACUAACCACUCAUAUAUUGUCAUACUGACCAUGCUGUUCAUCCAAAAAGUACUGUCAUGUGAAAACUUUAAAUACAGAAUGUUUAAAUAAAGAUUAUGGGAAAAAAAUGUUCUUGAACUCCAAAUCAAUUUAUAGCAUUUCUUUCAAGGUAGGUAGUGAAAUUUCUUCAAAAAAGAAGUCACUGUCAAA